CAUCGGAAAGCCGCAGACAAUACCUCGCGGACUUUGCCAUUAGAGCUGCAACCAAACCUACAUAGUUCUAUCGAAAACCUCCCUCUCCUACCUCUCGGUUGACCGCCACAACAAUGACCUCCCACCAAGCAGCCAUCACAGAACUCCUCCAAGCCCUCGGCCCCAAAAUUACCCUCGACGCCAAAUCCCUCACCCGCCAUUCCAAGGACAACAGCUACCACACCCCUUACCCGCCGCUCGCCAUCGCCCACCCCGAAUCCGAAGCCGACAUCUCCACCAUCCUCUCCAUCUGCAACACCCACCGCCUCCCCGUCGUCCCCUAUGCCGCCGGGUCAUCACUUGAGGGCCACGUCAUCCCCGAAAAGGGUGUCAAACCGGUGAUUAUAGACAUCUCGAAAAUGGAUUCGGUCAUCGCAGUACACAAGGACGAUCUAGCGGUGACAGUUGAGCCCGGCGUCGGGUGGAUGGAACUCAAUGCCGAGUUACGGGACCUCGGGCUCUUCUUCCCCCCCGACCCGGGCGCCGCGGCGUGUAUCGGGGGGAUGUGCGGGACGAACUGUUCGGGAACGCUGGCGUGGAAGUACGGGACGAUGAAGGAUAACGUGCUUGGGUUGCGGGUCGUGCUUGCGGAUGGGAGGGUGAUUACGACGCGCAAGAGGGUUACCAAGUCGAGUGCGGGGUAUGAUUUGACGAGACUGUUGGUGGGGUCGGAGGGGACGUUGGGGGUUGUGAGUCGGGCGAUCUUGCGGUUGAGGAGGAUACCGAGGUGUACGAGCGUGGCGAUGGUGCAGUUCCCGACCCUGGAUCUCGCGUGUGUGUAUGUGCAGAAACUGGUGCUGGAAGGCCCGCCGACGUUGAACCGGAUCGAGCUUAUGGACGCGUUGUGUAUCCGGAGCGUGAAUAUCGCGAACGACGAAGCGUGGCCGGAGGUGACGACGCUCUUACUCGAGUUUGCGGGGCCGACGAUGGAGCAGCUCGCCAACGACUCGCGGCAAUGCGAGACAUUGUCGAGCACGCACGGGGUAUCCGCGUACAGAUUCGGCGGGUAUUCAGCGAGGGAGAGCGAGAAACUGUGGUCGAUACGCAAGAAAGCGUUUUUCGCGAGUAAAGCGUUACGUCCCGAUUUACCCAACUGCGCGAUAUUGACCACCGACGUUGCUGUUCCCAUUUCUCAACUGCAGACGAUGCUGCACCAUACCCAUGCGCUUAUCGCACAAUACGGUCUCACCUCGCCUAUAGUCGCGCACGCGGGUGACGGGAACUUUCACUGCUUUGUGCUCUUUGACCCGUCUAACCAUGAAGAAUCCGGACGCGUGGAGGGGUUUCGCGAUGGAUUGAUCAAGAAGGCUUUGGAGCUGGAUGGGACGUGUACGGGCGAGCAUGGGAUUGGGAAGGGGAAGCGGGAGGCGUUGGUUAUGGAGCUUGGGGAGGAUGCGGUGGAGGUUAUGAGGAGCAUUAAGAGGGCGUUGGAUCCGCAUGGGAUUAUGAAUCCUGGGAAGGUGUUUAGGUUGGAGGAGGGGUGUAAAGCCAAGCUGUGAGGGAAUGGGACGGUCUAUGGAGAGAUUCUUGGAAGGGGGGGAGGAAGGCAAGAUCGGCGUAGCUUUUUUACAUGUACACUAGACACCACUGUUCAUCUGAAGCAUUGCAUCUGCAAGCAGCAACACGGCAAUCGGAAAAUGCUCACUAUAUCAGGCUGUCGAAAAUGAUCAAAACAUUGUACCCUUUAAUUAAGUUUCAAGAAUUGAG